UGGGAGGGGCUCCGGGAAAGCGUGACGCCAGCCUGGAAUGAAGGAGUGAGUUGAGUGAGUGAGUGUUUUCCGGGUCAGAAAGUGGACUAAGAGGAAAUAAACGAGGAGCAGCGCAGUAGACAUGUACAACCCGAACAAAGUAUGGAAAGUUUGUCAACAUUCCAGCUAAGACGAGUCGAGAGCGAUGAUGGAAGGGGCGAUGUUUGAGAAGUGGACUUGCUCUGUGGUUAGUGCAUGAGAGUGUGUGUGUGUGUGUGUGUGUGUGUGUGGUGAAGCCCGGCCCGGGACGUGCUCCAUCUCCUGCGUUUUGAAAUCUGAGUUGACGAUAUUAAUCGGAAGUUGCAGGCGCUUUGAUCUGAAUCGCUGUGCGUGACAGCGUCGUGUUGUGAGUAUCGCGCCUUGUGGACGAUCCGAUCCGAUCCGAUCCGAUCCGGGAUGUUUCACUGUAUCCCACUGUGGCGGUGUAACCGUCAUGUCGAGACCAUUGACCGGCGCCACUGUUCACUGCUCUAUGUCCCAGACGAGAUCUAUCGCUACAGCCGCAGCUUGGAAGAACUUCUGCUGGACGCGAACCAACUCCGAGACUUACCCAAGCAAUUCUUCCAGCUGGUGAAGUUAAGAAAGCUGGGCCUGAGCGACAACGAGAUCCAGAGACUUCCUCCUGAGAUAGCCAACUUCAUGCAGCUUGUAGAGCUCGACGUCUCGCGCAACGACAUUAUCGAGAUUCCUGAAAACAUUUCCUAUUGCAAAGCCCUUCAAGUAGCAGACUUUAGUGGCAACCCUUUGACAAGAUUGCCAGAGAGCUUUGCUGAAUUGCGGAACCUCACAUGCCUUUCCAUCAAUGACAUUUCUUUACAAGCGCUUCCUGAUAACAUUGGAAACCUUAUUAACUUGGUAUCACUGGAACUCCGAGAGAACAUGCUAACAUAUUUACCCGAAUCUCUUUCCCAGCUACACAGACUGGAAGAACUCGAUGUAGGGAACAACGAGCUGUAUAAUCUGCCCGAGACAAUAGGAUGCCUUGUGAGCUUGAAGGACCUGUGGCUGGAUGGAAACCAGCUGAUUGAAUUACCAAAGGAGCUAGGCAGCAUGAAGAACCUGCUCUGUCUGGAUGUGUCAGAGAACAAGUUGGAGCACCUCCCAGAGGAAAUGGCUGGCAUGCUCUCGCUCACCGACCUGCUGGUGUCCCAGAACCUCAUCGAUGCCCUGCCAGAGGGCAUAGGAAAAUUAAAACGACUCUCCAUUCUGAAAGCGGAUCAGAACCGCCUGGUCCAUCUGCCCGAGAGCAUCGGUGACUGCGAAAGUCUUACAGAACUGGUGCUGACUGAGAACCAGCUGCUGAGUUUGCCAAGAAGUAUUGGAAAGCUUAAGAAACUCUCAAACUUCAACUGUGACAGGAAUCGCCUGGUAUCUUUACCCAGAGAGAUAGGAGGCUGCAGCAGUCUGAACGUGCUGUGUGUGAGAGACAACCGUCUGACCCGCAUCCCUGCCGAACUUUCACAGGCUACAGAACUGCAUGUUUUUGAUGUGUCUGGAAACAGGUUGACUCAUCUGCCCAUGUCUCUUACCACGCUGAAGCUCAAGGCUCUCUGGUUGUCGGAGAAUCAGUCUCAGCCGUUGCUCACGUUCCAGACAGAUGUGGAUCCUGACACAGGGGAGAAAGUGCUCAUCUGUGUGCUUCUGCCUCAGCAGCCUUGCGAGAGUGAAAAAGGCUCCGAUAACCUGGCACGCUGCGGCGCUCUGGAGAGUCUAGUGAACGACAUGGCUGAUGACACGUGGGACACCAGAGCCAUGAAUAGAAUGAGCACCAUCCGAUUCCUAGAUGACGAUGAUGAUGAUGAUGAUGAAAAGGGAACGCUGCUGCGACGGGCCACACCGCACCCCGGAGAGCUGAGGACCAUGAAGAAGGUGGUUGAGAAUCUACGCAACGAUCUGAAUGCUGCCAAAGGCCUGGACUCCAACAAAAACGAGGUCAAUAACACUGUGGACCGAGUGACUACAUCUGUGUGACCACUUUUUACCUCCGAGAUGGCCCAGUCCCCAUCGUGUCUUCCCACAUGCACCUCAUCCAGCCUUCUCCCUGUGCUUUUUCUCCCUUGAAUGUGACUAUCCUUUCUCUGUGCUGGGUCUGUCCUGUUCUCUCCUUCAUCUCCUCAGAUCCUGAAUCAGGGAAAGACCACCAUGAUAGGUGCCUUCUUUUUUUUUUUUUUUCCCCUUUUUACAAUGUUCAGAGCAAUAAUCCUUGGAAUGCACAAUUUCUUUUAUUCCUUUUGAUUUUACAAUCCAGUCCUUUUUAAAGCUUUUUUUUUUUCGAACACUCAAAUAAGUAGAUGCACUACAUUAAGUCUUAUCCAACAUUAAAUGCUGACAGAAGCUCCAAUUUUAUAUAUAUAUAUAUAUAUAUAUAUAUAUAUAUAUAUAUAUAUAUAUAUAUAUAUAAUUUUACAUUCUAUUUUUUUAUUUAGAUUUUUUUUAAAACACUGGGUGGAUGUUUCUUUCUUCCUUUCUUUCUCCGAGUCUUUCGGGACAUGUUGAGCCCAGCUAUUUUUGGACCUACUGGUUUUCAAAAUUGUUGUAUAGAUCUUUGUGAAUAUCAAAACUUUUUGUACUUGUGGCAGCUCAGGUGGUGUUAAGCCUGGAGGGGACGGAAAAAAAAAGAUGUAUAGCAUAUUUCUUAAUCAAUGAGCAUUUUUAUUCCUGCAAAAAUAUUUGUGGUUUUACAAAGCAAUUGAACAACAUGUUUUAAUGUCUUAUACAGCAGAUAGAUUAGUGGGUGGUGCGUCGACAGCUUCAUAUUUGCUUUUUAGGUGUGCGUAUUCGUAAAUCAGCGAUGGAAAGCAACAUGUUUUUGUAUUUGAAUCUGAACAAGGGCUAACAUGGCACAGAACAGUUCCACUUUUUAUAACUGGAAUGAGAGCUGCAUCUGCAUCAGCACCACUUUUGGAUGUUACUCCAUGUAUAAAUUCGGUACAAUUAACCCUUUUAAUUACUCUUGUUUUUUAUAAUUGGGUAGUUUCCUUUUAAGUGCAGUUUUCAGAAAAAAAAAACACACAACGCACUUUUGCAACACUUUUAAAUUAUAUUCGUAUUGCCUAUCCAUUCUAUGGUACACUCCAGACUCCAUUAUAUUUUUGCAUUAUAUUUUCUCUAUUACAAACAGACCAAGGUGUUGAAAUGCUGAUUUUUUUUUUUUUUAUCCUUUAAUUAUUAUAUUUUAUGUCAGUGAUAAAGCUGCACAGAAAAAAAUGAUCUCAAAUAGAUUCUAGGCCUUUAUUAUUAUGACUUCUAACCACUGAUACAAUAAAGUGAUUUUAUCAAA